AUGGAUAAACCUAAAAAGUUCGUAGACCUCGCCAGUGAGGCGAAACGUAUGAAAAUAAUAUGGAUGCCGGAUUUGGAGUACAAUGCAUUCGAUAUAAGGUAUUGUGAAAGCGAACCACCUGCACGCAUAUCAGAAGACAGACUUACGUACACUGGGUCAACAAUGUGGUGUUCUGCACUGACCCGUGGGUGUGCAACUACAGGUAACUGGUAUUUUGAAUGCCGUAUCGAGGAACCUGACCCGUUAUGGCGUGACUUCAAGCUACGAGGAUGGGACUCAGAAGCGACGGUAGGAGGUCUGAUCACAAACAUCCCGGAACUGUUAUCUGCCCUUAAACCCAGUGUACGUGUAGGAUACGGUACACGACUAUCUAGAUUUGACAGUCCAAUCGGGUCCAACGCUUUUGGGUGUUCUAUCAAACAGGAAGGAGGCAAAAUAUUACAAUCAGAUAAGGAUAUAACCUUACCGGAUGACGACAUAGCUGAUCUCCAUGUCGGUGACGUUAUCGGGUGUGCCAUCAAAUUGGGAGUCCCGUCCACAAAGGUAGCAGACCCGAGAGGAAUUGCAGCAAUGUGGCCAUUUGUCAGGAAAGGGCUUCUAUGUGACGUCACGAGCCAAGAAGCUAUGAAUGUAGCAAUGGUGCCUAAUGAGGGUUCUGAGUUAAGGUUCUCAGUCAAUGGAAUCUGGAAGAAAACUGUAGUCACGGACCUAUAUUGCGUCGAGUAUCACCCUGGUGUCUCCACCUUCAUGGGAGGGUCAUGCACGUUGCUGCUUGGCCCAGACUUUGCCUAUGGUCCACCAGACGAUACUUAUAAACCUGCAAGCGAAAUGUCAAACUCAGAGUACCCGUGCAAGGAAGAGCUGUUACAGUUCUGGGUGCUUGGGGACACCUCAGUGCUCUCAGAUGGUGCUGUCAUAAGCAGGGAGUACUACAAGAGCAUACCGGGUCCUAUAACUCCCACAAAUGAAAUGACUUGA